AUGGGCACCGGACGAGGCGAGCCCGCCCGUCCUCUGCUGCCUCUGUGCGAGCACGGGAGCGGGCAUGGUCGGGAGGUUACCGGUCCAACAGAGGUGGCCGGGCAUGGGGGAUGCGGAGGCGAGGCCGGGCAUGGCGCGGGGAGCGGCGGCGCGAAUGAGGUGGUGGAGCAGAUGCUACUCCGGCGCAUGGAGAUGGAGAACGACGAGGACGACGAGGAAAGCAACGACGCCAGCUCCGACCUGUUAGGCGGUGCGGCGACCAUGACCACAUGCAGCGAGAUCCUCAAGCAGUCCCUAUCAUCUGGUAUCAGAGACCACUCACCUCCCUUCCGCCUCCACACUGGCCCAAUUCAUCGAAACACGGCGCAUCCAUCAGGCCCGAUCCGAGCUCACAGCCAUGGAUCCAUCGAUCCAGGCCUUCCUCGACCGGCUGGACGCGACACUGGUCGCUCACUCCACAUCAACGCAACGAUCCAAGCCCAGACGGCCAAGAUCGACGAUCUGGUCGCCUGGCGGCCGGAUCUGGAGAAACGCGUUGCAGAGCUCGGCGAGGCGGUCACGGCACUCCAGCAGGAGCGCCCCUCGUCGUCCUCAACUCCUACGGUGGCGCUCCCAACGGAGAAACUUCACUCUCCACACCCGGCGACUCUCGGUGCCCCCAUCGGGCCCGAGCCAGGCGCGGGCGGAGUGAUCCACGGGUCUCAUGACCACGGCGUCUUCGACAUCACACGGGGGUUGCCGGCGGCGUCGUUUCGCACGCCGCCGCCGCUCCCGGCCAACGGUCAGUCUAAUCCCAUCCCUCCAACGACACCGCUUUCUCCAUUUGCACACGCAAGCCAGCUCCUGACAGGGUUGGGGCAAGCUCAUCCUUCCAUCACGUUUCCACAAUUCUCUGGGGAGAACCCGAAUUUGUGGAAAACGUUAUGUGAGCAAUACUUUCAGAUGUUCGGUAUACACCGCACGUUUUGGGUACCUAUGGCAGCCCUCAACUUCUCUGGAUCCGCAUCGAUUUGGCUCCAAUCAAUCCAGAAAAAACUCUCUGAUUAUGACUGGGAUUCAUUUGCCGCAUUACUUUGCACGCGCUUCGGCCGUGAUAGGCACCAAAUGUUGAUUAGGCAAUUUUAUACUGUACGACAGGAUUCUACAGUAGCAGAUUACAUAGAGAAAUUUGAAUUGAUUAUCAAUCAUCUGAGUUCAUACUCUGACACCACUCAUCCGUUUUACUUUCUGACACGCUUCGUCGAGGGCCUGCGACCGGACAUCCGAGCGGUGGUGUUGGUCCAACGCCCACCCGAUUUGGACACGGCCUGCGCGCUGGCUCUCCUUCAAGAAGAGGUGGCGGAGGGUGGUCGUGCUGAACCACUCCGUCAGCAUCUGCGACGACCUCCCGAGGCACAGAUCCGCGCCAAUGGACCGUUGCCACUCCCGCCACCCCCAACGCGUCCCAACGCGACGGCACCAGGGGCGACCGAUCGGCGGGGCACUGAAGCAGCAAGAGCGGACACCACCAAGCUCAAGACGCUGCGAGACUACAGGCGUGCCCGUGGCCUAUGUUUCAAGUGCGGCGAGCGGUGGGGACACGAUCAUGUGUGUCCCACCUCUGUUCAACUACACGUUGUCGAGGAAUUACUUGAGCUCUUCGGCAUAGACAGUGUGACAGAGACGACAGAACAGCUUGAAGAAACAGUGAUGGCUAUUUCACGCUCAGCAAUAUCUGGAGGAGUUUCAGCUAAAGCAUUCCAGCUGCAGGCAUGGAUUCAGGGGCGCGAAGCGCUGAUGUUGGUGGACUCGGGGAGUUCGACAUCUUUUGUCAACACCGAUCUGGCCAAGUUUCUGGAAGGAGUUGCACCUUUGAGCAAAACUUACAGAGUACGAGUAGCUGAUGGCGGUGAAUUGAAAUGCUCAGCCAUCAUCCCGCAGUGCAGUUGGUAUACACAAGGACAUGAGUUCACCACGGAUUUGAAAGUACUAUCCCUGGGUGUGUAUGACGCGAUAUUGGGGAUGGACUGGCUAGAGGAGCACAGUCCCAUGACAAUUGACUGGAAAGCCAAAUCCAUUGCAAUGCCGUCAGCACAAGGAGUGAUCUCGCUCCAGGGCCACGAAGCGGAGUCAACUGAUUGUUUGCUCAUCAAUAGUCUGCAAUUACAAGGAUUGUGCAAAAACAAUGCAGUGGCUUACAUGGUGCAACUACACACAGUGGAACUGGACAGUGAGCAAAGCACAAACAUCCCAGAAGCUCUCCAACAAGUCAUUGCUGAAUUUCCUGAUCUCUUUGAAGAACCAACGGAAUUGCCCCCACGACGCGAGUGUGAUCACCACAUUCCUCUUAUACCGGGCGCGCAGCCGUUCAACAUACGUCCAUAUCGUCACAAGCCAGAGCACAAGGACGAGAUAGAGCGUCAAGUGGCAGAGCUGUUGCGUACCGGAGUGAUAGCUUCACCGGUAAUUCUGGUCAAAAAGAAGGACGGGACUUGGAGGCUCUGCGUCGACUAUCGUCACCUGAAUGCCAUCACGUGCAUUACAAAGUUUCCCAUACCAGUCAUUGAAGAACUGUUAGACGAGCUGCAUGGUGCCUGUUGGUUCUCCAAACUAGAUCUGCGGGCAGGUUACCACCAAAUCAGGCUCGCUGAGGGGGAGGAGUACAAGACAGCAUUUCACACACACUCGGGCCAUUAUGAAUUCCGCGUGGUCUCUUUCGGGCUGGCAGGUGGACCGGGGACAUUCAACAGUGCGGUCACCAAUACCUUGCACCCCCUUCUACGCCACUGCGUGCUGCUAUUCUUCGACGACAUUUUGGUCUUCAGCCGUACUCUACGCGACCAUAUCAAGCAUCUGCGGCAAGUCCUCGAACUACUCCACAGAGAUCAGUGGAAGGUUAAAUUCAGCAAGUGUGCCUUCGGCCAACACAAAGUGGCAUAUCUGGGACAUGUAGUCAGCGCGGAGGGCGUAGCUACGGAUCCAACCAAGAUUAAAGCAGUCUCUGAAUGGAAGACACCAGCCACUGUCAAGGAGGUGCGCAGCUUUCUGGGACUAGCUGGCUACUACAGACGCUUUGUGCGCAACUUUGGUGUCAUUGCGCGCCCCCUGUUCAAUCUCCUCAAAAAGGGGGUACCGUUUGUGUGGACUCAGCACACAGAAACGGCGUUUCAACUCCUCAAAACUCAGCUCACCACAGCUCCGGUCCUCGCAUUGCCAGACUUUACCAAGCCAUUCUGUGUAGAAACGGACGCCAGCGACAGAGGGAUAGGAGCGGUGCUACAACAAGGAGGGCACCCGAUCACUUUCAUGAGCAAAGCAUUGGCCCCGCGCUAUCAAGGAUUAUCAACAUAUGAGAAAGAAUACUUGGCAGUGAUAGUGGCUGUGGAUCAAUGGCGCCCGUACCUGCAACAUGGAGAAUUCACCAUCCUGACUGAUCAAAAAAGCUUGAUUCACUUGGAGGAACAACGGCUCUCGACACCCUGGCAACAAAAAGCUUUCACAAAGUUGCUUGGCCUCCAAUACUCCAUCAGAUACAAAAAAGGGACAGAUAACAACGCCGCAGAUGCCCUCUCAAGAGCGGAACCAACAGAGAUGUUAGCAGCUGUCACUUCCUGCCAGCCAGCAUGGCUGGAUGAUGUUGUGGCCAGCUAUAACUCUAAUCCCCAAGCACAGAAGCUCCUGGAAGAGCUCGCCAUCCGGGCCGACCCAAAGGAUCGUUUCUCUCUUACUCAAGGGAUUCUUCGUUUCCGUGGUCGAAUUUGGCUGGGUGGCUCAACAGCAUUGCAACAGCGCAUCAUCAGCGCCUUCCAUAACAGUCCUAUGGGAGGUCACUCCGGGAUCCCAGCCACUUACCGCCGUAUCAGACGCCUGUUUGCAUGGCCGAAGAUGAAGACACACAUUCACCAAUACAUUCGCUGCUGCACAAUUUGCCAGCAAGCGAAACCAGACCGUGCUGCUUCCCCGGGACUUCUUCAGCCACUUCCCAUUCCCACAGCUCCUUGGGAGAUGAUAUCCAUGGAUUUCAUCGACGGACUCCCGCAAUCAGCUCAGUUCAACUGUCUCCUGGUGAUUGUGGACAAGCGCACCAAGUUCGUGCACUUCCUCCCAUUGGCGCAUCCCUACACUGCAGCCAAAGUGGCCCUCCUCUACAUGAACCAGAUUUACAAGCUGCAUGGGUUACCGGGUGCAAUUGUCUCGGAUCGUGAUCCGGUCUUCACCAGCCACUUCUGGCAAGAGCUUUUCAAGCACGCGGGUUCCGAGCUUCAUCUCAGUACAGCCAAUCACCCGCAAACGGACGGGCAAACGGAGCGUGUCAAUCAGUGUCUGGAAACAUAUCUGCGGUGUUUCACGCAAGCUUGCCCGAAGCGCUGGAGCUACUGGAUACCUAUGGCACAAUUCUGGUACAACUCAUCUCACCACUCAGCUAUCGGUAUGUCCCCAUUCAAAGCUUUGUUUGGUCACGAACCACGCCAGUGGGGCGUCACAGCCUCGGAGGACUGUUCAGUUCAAUCGUUGCAGUCUUGGUUGGAAGAAAGAACUGUCAUUCAGAACAUCCUCCAACAGCAUUUGAAUCGGGCGCGUCAAUGCAUGAAGGCGCAGGCUGACAAGAAGCGAUCUUGGAGGCAAUUUGAGAUAAAUGACGUUGCUUACAAGCUGCAGCUGCCUCCUGGAGCCACGGUGCACCCGGUCUUCCACGUUUCUUUGCUGCGUCGAGCACUUCUCCCAGGCAUGGAGGCGUCGACACACCUGCCGGUGGAACAGGACGCGAAGGCUGUACCACUGGCGAUCCUUCAAACACGUUGGCGCAAGACGGCGGGCGCAAUGAUCGAGCAAGUCCAGGUGCAGUGGUCACCUGAAUCCACGCUGGGCACCACCUGGGAGGACAAGGCCGCGCUCUUCGACAAGUUCCCUCAGGCAGAGGCUUGGGGUCAAGCCUCAACACAAGAAGGGGGGGAUGUCAGCGUCCCUGCCCCUGACAUGCAGGCCCCACGUACCACCAGCUACGGACCAGGUGAAGGCCGGCCUCAUCGACAGGCCAAGGCCAACGCAAGAGUAACUGGGCCAGAGUGGGUCCAAUAG